AUGGGACCGAACUCCACGAGUCUGAGAAAGUUCUUUGUAAUGUUUUUCAUAGCUUUCCCUGUCGUUAUCACCGUUACCUUAAUGUACCCAAACUCUAGUUUGGGACUUUUCGAACGGUUUUCAGAAGGCAAGGAACAAAGAGGAACAACUCAAAAUGUUGGUGCUGAGUUGUUGAGUGGUGGACCAAACGUUUCAACUCAUGGGUUUGGAUUGGAAGAAACUGUCCAAAACGUAACACAUGACAGUUUCGGAGGAGAAGGGAAUAAUAACAGUGUCAGCAGUCGGGUUAAGGAACUGCAAGCCAGAUCUCAGAAUCAAAACACUGCAGAAGGAAGAACUAAAAAUAUUACAGCAGCUGAAGGCUUGAAAACCGAUUCAUUGACAAGUUCAACAAAUGAUUCAAAUCCACAUGUUGUUAAUCUUGAUGACAAAGACAAACUGCUUGGUGGACUAUUAACCUCUGGAUUUGACGAGGCAUCAUGCAUAAGCAGGAUGCAGUCCCACUUAUACCGCAAAGCUUCUCCUCACAAACCUUCGCCGUAUUUGAUAUCUAAACUACGUAGCUAUGAAGAAAUUCAUAGAAGGUGUGGACCCAAUAGUAGAUCUUACCGCAAAAGCAUGAUAAAGAUUGAACACUCCAUGAACAAAGGUGUUGCUACAAUGUGUAAGUACCUUAUUUGGACAUCUGCUAAUGGUUUGGGUAACCAAAUGAUUGACUUGGUUGCAACAUUUCUUUAUGCCAUCCUCACUGAUCGAGUGCUACUGCUAAAAUUUGGGAAAGACAAGCAUGGUCUAUUUUGCGAGCCAUUUCUCAAUUCAACUUGGGUAUUGCCUGAGAAGUCUCUUUUCUGGGAUGAAAAACAUAUUGAGACAUAUCAGAUCUUGCUAGAGAAGGAUAAGGCUACCAAUUCCACGGAGGAUUUACCAUCAGUUUUGUUUAUCAAUCUACAACACACUCGCACUGACCCUGAGAAAUAUUUUCAUUGUGAUCAUAGUCAAGAUAUUCUUCAGAAGAUUCCUCUGUUGAUUUUUCAGUCUGAUCAAUACUUUGUCCCUUCUCUAUUCAUGAACCCAUUUUUCAAACCGGAGAUUACUAAAAUGUUCCCAGAGAAAGACAUAGUUUUUCACCAGUUGGGUCGCUACCUUUUUCACCCUUCAAAUGAGGCAUGGGAACUAAUCAGCAAAUACUAUCAAGCACACUUGGCGAAAGCAGAUGAACGGAUAGGCAUACAGAUAAGAGUAUUUAGUCCCGCUACCACUCCACAACAAGCAAUUAUGGAUCUAGUUUUAAGCUGCACAUUAAAGCAUAAGAUAUUGCCAGAAGUUGAUUUGCAAAAUUCAGCCUCUUCUGGUAGAAAAAAACAAAGAGUAAAGGCAGUUCUUGUGGCAUCUUUACAUCGAGAGUAUGGAGAUAACUUACGUGCUAUGUAUCUCAAGAAACAAACAGUUAGUGGAGAAGUCAUACAAGUUUAUCAACCAAGUCACGAAGAGCAUCAAAAGUCUUGUGAUAAUAAGCAUAAUAUGAAAGCAUGGAUAGACAUGUACCUGCUGAGUUUAUCUGACAAGUUGGUGACUACCUCUCUGUCUACUUUUGGCUAUGUUGCUCAAGGAUUGGGAAAUUUGAAGCCAUGGCUUCUUUACAGGCUAAUCGACAACAACACUAGUUUUCCAUCCUGUGAACAUGAUUUCUCAUCGGAGCCUUGCUAUCAUGUUCCUCCCAAGCAUUAUUGCAAUGGAAAUCUCAUAAAAAAAUUUGUUUAUUCUUUCCCCAAUUUGAGGGAAUGCAAGGAUUUUAGCUUUGGUGUAAAGAUGGUUAACAAUUCUACAUAG